AUGGAAGAGGUCAGGGGAUCGCCUGCGAUGUCGCAGUUAAAACAGUUGGUUCUUGGUGAAGAUUCGCCUCUUUCUUCUCCUUCUGAAGUCAUUAAACCUGCUAAAGAAGAAUCAGUCAAUUUGAUAUUUGAAGAUAAGGAGUUGGAAAGGACACCACUUGGAGAUGCUAUAGAUUGUUUGUUGGUUCGAUGGGCACAACUUUUGUCCAAUGUCUCUUGGCGACCGCCAGUUCCCGCUCCUUCAACGAUCGAUCAUGUGAAAGAAGUGGUUGAAAUAUCAAUGUAUCAUUUUCGCGAUUCUUGUUUGGAUGUCUGCUCCGAGUUUACAAAAAUAGAUCUACAGUGGCAACUUGAUCAUCCUGAUGAAGUUUAUGAGGACGAGAUGAAGGGUCUCGACGAUGCGCUGAUACGUCAAGAGACCUUGCUCGCAAGGGCACAUGGCAUACUUGAUAGACGUAGUAAAGAAUUUUUUGGGUAA